CUUGAAUUAGAAGACGAGCAGGAGCGGUUACUCUCUGCCAUCUCUGGUUAUCUUCUUCGAAUCUUCAAGAAACUGAGAAUGGUGUAGUUCGCUUCAAGAAGUUCGCUGCUCCGUAUCGCUUGGAGUUUCCGGCGACAAUGGCGAUCGGCGCUGCUGUUUCCAAUAGGCAUUUUGGAUCCUUCAGCGUCUCAGGUAGAGUAUGUCAAGGAAAAAAGCCUUCAACAGUUUAUCUUGGACUGCAAUGUGGCUUUGCUGCUCCACAGUACAUAGAAAGGACCAUAUUAUACAAUAAGCUGUAUCUAUCGAGAAUAGGCUGCUCAAGCCCUCGUCUUCAUUCUAUUGGUUUUCUGAAUGGUAAACCAUUCAGGUCAAAUCCAUCACUUAGGGUUGAAGCCAAUGAAUGUAACAAAUUCAGUAAAGAGUGUCACACCAUCAAUUCUAGACGACAAUUUAGAAGAUGCAAAAAUCAUCUUUCCUUUGGCAGACGGAUACAGCCAAGAAUGUUGGAUUAUCCUAGUAUUAUUGAUGGUCAAAGCCGGAAAAGAAAGCAUGCAACUGUAAAUAGGACCAAGGUUGACUAUAGAUCUGAGGACUAUGAGAUAACAGGGGAGUUAGACUCUCUUGUCUUACCAGAAGGUGAGGCUGCUGUGGUGGAAGGAACUGAACAAGACAAACCUUGGUGGCAGGGGUUCCCAAGACGAUGGGUGAUAGUACUGCUCUGCUUUGCUUCCUUUUUGCUAUGCAACAUGGACCGUGUGAACAUGAGCAUUGCAAUUCUUCCUAUGUCCAAGCAAUUCAAUUGGAAUAGUGCCACUGUUGGCCUUAUUCAGUCUUCUUUCUUCUGGGGCUAUCUUCUCACUCAGAUUGUUGGUGGAAUUUGGGCAGAUAAACUUGGUGGGAAAAUAGUUCUGGGCUUUGGAGUAGUCUGGUGGUCGCUUGCAACUGUUUUAACGCCCAUUGCAGCUAAUAUUGGGCUUCCUUUCUUACUUAUCAUGCGUGCUUUUAUGGGUAUUGGCGAGGGUGUUGCUAUGCCUGCUAUGAAUAAUCUACUAUCCAAAUGGAUUCCUGUCUCUGAGAGAAGCAGAUCACUUGCAUUAGUAUAUAGUGGCAUGUAUCUUGGAUCUGUAACAGGCUUAGCUGUAUCUCCUAUUCUGAUUAACAAGUUUGGGUGGCCAUCUGUGUUCUAUUCUUUUGGUUCUCUUGGGAGCAUCUGGUUUGCAUUAUGGUGGAGCAAAGCACACAGCUCUCCUAAUGAGGAUCCAAUGCUUACUGCAGCAGAAAAGAGGCUGAUCAUGGCUGGCAGCACCUCAAAAGAGCCAGUCUCUACUAUUCCAUGGAAACUUAUCUUGUCAAAGGCACCUGUCUGGGCCCUCAUUAUCUCCCAUUUCUGCCAUAACUGGGGAACAUUUAUACUUUUGACAUGGAUGCCCACGUACUAUAACCAGGUGCUAAAGUUCAACCUCACUGAAUCUGGACUAUUCUGUGUAUUGCCAUGGCUGACCAUGGCUAUCUUUGCAAAUAUAGGCGGUUGGAUUGCAGAUACACUUGUGAGCAAAGGACUAUCUAUAACAUCAGUCCGCAAGAUUAUGCAAUCAAUUGGAUUUCUUGGUCCUGCAUUCUUUCUCACUCAACUAAGCAAAGUCAAUACUCCAGCUUUAGCAGUGAUGUGCAUGGCAUGCAGUCAGGGAUCGGAUGCAUUCUCUCAGUCUGGCCUCUACUCUAAUCACCAAGAUAUUGGGCCACGUUAUGCUGGAGUGCUGUUGGGACUAUCUAAUACAGCAGGAGUGCUUGCUGGUGUCUUUGGUACUGUUGCAACAGGAUACAUACUGCAAAAAGGAUCAUGGGAUGAUGUGUUUAAGGUUGCUGUUGCAUUGUACAUCAUAGGCACAUUAGUUUGGAACUUGUUCUCAACAGGGGAGAGAAUUCUUGAUUAGAUGAUAACCAAGGAUUCACAUGUACUGAAGAAGCAUACUUAUGUAAGAAAUCAACUACUCCGUAUGACAUGAAGUUAUAAGAGUUAAAGGGUCAGGGGCAACGGCUGCAACUUUGACGGUCAGGUUCUACUGUGUGUGUGUGUAAAUAUAUAUAUAUACUUAUACUUUUAACUCCUUUAACCCAAAGGAUCCUCCAGCAUUGACCUUGUAAAAUCUAAAUGCGCGGGUUUCUUCAUAGAUGACCUGAUUUAACAUUACAACAAUCUCAACAUUAUGCAGCUAUUGAUUAAGAAUCCAUUGACAGUGCAGAGAUUGCAUUUGACGCAUAGUAAAACUCAAUUACGGAUUGGCAUUC